UUUCAGUUCAGUUUUGAACCAAACUCGGUCGAAUGCUCAACCCGGGUCAGGAACGAAGCUCAGGUUCUCACCGUUCUUGAAGAACUGAAACUUCUUAAAACCCUCUGAAUAUUUUUUACAAAUCAAAACUCAAAAAUGUUAAACCACACCUUAUCUCAGCCAUCAUCUACUUCAGGGUUUAGCAGCAUCUUAAACCCUAACCAUCUCCACACUAAACUAUCAUCUCACCUCCACUACUCUUUCUCCUUAAACCCUAAAAAAUCCAAAACCCCAUUUCCCAAUAAGCUCUCUGUCAAUAGAUCCCCACACUUUGAGCACUUUCACCAUCAAAACAACAAUUUCACUGCUACUAAAUCAUCUUUAUCUCCACCAGCUACUGGGUCAGCAUCACCAAGGUUCUUUGUCGGGCAUUCGAUAUACAAAGGGAAGGCUGCUCUUACUGUCGAGCCUCGGGCUCCCGAAUUCGCUCCUCUAGAUUCAGGUUCAUAUAAGUUGUCGAGAGAGGGGUGUGUGUUGCUUCAGUUUGCUCCGGCAGCUAGUGUUCGUCAAUAUGAUUGGAGUAGAAAGCAGGUGUUCUUAUUAUCGAUUACUGAAAUUGGAACUCUUAUGAGCCUUGGUGCUAAAGAUUCAUGUGAAUUUUUCCAUGACCCCUUUAAAGGAAAAAGCGAUGAAGGCAAGGUCAGGAAGGUGCUGAAAGUAGAGCCCCUUCCAGAUGGCUCUGGACACUUCUUUAAUCUCAGUGUUCAGAACAAGCUUGCAAACAUGGAUGAGAGCAUUUAUAUUCCAGUUACCAGGGCCGAGCUGACUGUUCUUGUAUCAGCAUUCAAUUUUCUCGUCCCGUACCUUCUUGGUUGGCACGCCUAUGCGGAUUCCAUUAAACCUGAUGACUUAACUCGGGGGAACAAUGCUAAUCCUAGAGCUGGAGCUGACUUUGAAUGGAGCAGAUAGUGGCGGAUGGUAUUCAGUUGUCUCUGGUAUAAUGGAAGAACCAGGUUCGCUUUGGUCCUUCUUGACUAACUUUUUGUAGCAACCCCUUCAAUCCUUCCUCGACAUUGUGUUUAGACUUGAAGUAAUGGGGAGCAAAUUUUCAAGAACCUUUAACAUGUAAUGCAAGCUAUAGUCUUUAAAUUAUUAGAUCUGGUCUAGUUUAUUCA